AAUAUUUGGGAGCUAUCUUUCGUUUUUCUUUUCUUUUCUUUUCUAACUUGCUAUAAUUUGUUCAAGCUUUUGCCCCCCGAGUCCUCGAUGCUUUAAACUAAACUCAUAUCAAAUUCAUCGAAUCCAAUUUGUCCACCAUCACACUGAUCAUCUGGAUACAUCGUUGAAAGUUUUAGGUGUUGGAGAUUUUGAUUUUACGGGAGCAGAUCGUGUAUAUAUAUACUAGAAUCAACCAUGUUCACGCGAAUUUUCGGAAAACCUAAGCAAGAAGCUAACGCUGUAGCAACAUUAGAUAGAUUAAAUGAGACACUUGAAAUGCUUGAGAAAAAAGAGAAAGUGCUUUUAAAGAAAGCUGCUGCAGAGGUGGAAAAGGCCAAAGAAUUUACUAGAGCUAAGAACAAAAGGGCUGCAAUACAAUGUUUAAAGAGGAAAAGGCUCUAUGAACAACAAAUUGAACAACUUGGAAACUUCCAGUUACGUAUUCACGAUCAGAUGAUUAUGCUUGAAGGUGCAAAAGCCACCACAGAAACCGUUGAUGCUUUGAGAACUGGUGCUUCAGCCAUGAAAGCCAUGCAGAAAGCAACGAACAUUGAUGAUGUUGACAAGACAAUGGAUGAGAUAAAUGAUCAAACUGAGAACAUGAAACAAAUCCAAGAGGCAUUGUCAGCACCCAUUGGUGCAGCUGCUGAUUUUGAUGAGGAUGAAUUGGAAGCUGAGUUGGAAGAACUUGAAGGAGCAGAGCUAGAGGAACAACUUCUCCAACCAGCCACCACCGCCCCCGCCGCUCCGAAAUGGCACUUUAAAACAAAAAGAUGGAGUGGAGUGGAGAUGAUGCAUAUAAAUGAAGAAAGUGAAGAAAUGGUGUAAGGUUUGGUUGAACUUUAUCUCUUGUACAUUUGUGAUAUUAGACUUGAAUAACAUGUUUGAAUUUGGAACUCGGGAAAAGAUCGAUUACAUGGAUUCAAAAAUAUGCAUGUUACUUGGUAUAUGAAAUUGAAAUUCUACAUCUUUUUU